CUUCGUUCUCUCUCCUUUUCUCCCCUUCAUCCCCUUCGUUCUCUCUCCUUUUCCCCUCAUCAUCAUGCCGCCAAGCUGCCAGCACGCCAUCAGCCUGGAGGACCUCUUCCGUGGCGUAAGUAAGUCCUCCACACUAUCAACGGCAGCGUCCCUGACCCUCAAAGCCAAUCCCUUCAAAGCAUUCGUCCCCGAAGUGCCGUCAGCCGCUCACCUACACGACCCUGAUUACGUCACCUCACUCGAGCGCAAACUCCUCGUCGAUGAAGCUAGUAACGACAAGAAAGGCCACACAAGGCUCUUCCAUGAGAGAAUGCCACUCGGCAACAGCCUCUCGUCUGCGGAACUGGACAAAUUACUGGAGACAUCAGCCGCAAUCACCGCAGGCCUUCAGGGAGUGCUAUCGACUGUUGGUGGCCAGAAGCGGCAGCACACCGACGCGGCCGCUAUGCUUCGCAGCAGGGGCAGACAACCAGACGACCGGUUGCAGGGCCGCGUAAAGAAGCUGAAAGAGGCAUCGGCGGCAGCGCCCGACGCACCUGUGUGGUUGGACAGCCGGCGCGGCUCUCUUGCUGAGAAUAUGGACGAGGACCGUCUUGUCUCGCUGGUGCUGGACGGCGAGCACAAGCCUGUGUACCGGACGUCCGUGCGCACAGAGGCGAGGGCAGCAGUCAAGGGAAGCGACGACGAGGACGACGCAGUGGUCCGCCAGGUGUAUGAGGGGUUCCUGAUGCGAAUCAAGCUGAUGUAUUUCUGGGACCGCAUCGCGCGCGCCACCACCCGUCUACGGGGGCAGCUCGACAUGAUGGAAAUCGCCAAGGACAUUCCCUGGCCCGAGGAGCGCAUCCAUGUCCGCCCCAAAACGGCCACGGAUUCGAUCACCCCUCAGCGGCGAGAGAUGCUGAGGUGUCUGGCGGAGGGAGGCAAGUCGACGGACGAUGUCCGCCGGCGGCUCAGGUCGCUGGUUGGGACGCUGGAGGCCAAGUGGCAGGUUGCUGCACUCACCCUGACGAGCCUCUACCAGAGGGUGCCCAAGCAUCAGCUGCUGGAGAGGCAACUCACGCGAUACGAGAUGCAGUUCAGCAAGGAAGUCAUGCAGCUGCAGGAGGUCAGAUCCACACGCCCACACGGACUCGGGCAUAGGGAACUUGGCCUGGAUUGUGAAGUUUGGCCUUAGGCUGUUCGUGUGCUGUGUGUCGGUCGGUGGGCGUAUGACGGAUGCAGGCCGUUCGAAGCGGUCGCAGCGAUGUGCAGAAGGGGUCGUGCAGCCGCUUUGAGGCCGUCUACGAGAAGCUUCGUUGGUUCUACACCCACCUCCUCUCCUCCCGGCUGCAAGUGGAGGUCGCACACAGGGCAGCCAAAGAGGCCGAAAAAGAGGCCGAAGAACAGAAGGCGCUUAUACCUGACGCAAGUAGACAAAGGGGUGAAAUCACGACCACAGCAGCAAUUGCAGAUGCUUAAAUAUUCUUCUGUCUGCUUGUCGCCCUUUUUGUUGGUGUCAGUCGCCCUUUCCCAGCUGUUUCUGAGCCCUCGUGUCUCGCAAAGCACGGUGCCCACGUUCGAAAUCGACCACGACAAACACGCAGCAGGAGCGCAGCUUGUGGCAGACGACAAGAUUUGGCAGCUCAUCGCAGCCACCGGGCUCGACUUCAAGGUGACAGCUCACCGAAGGGACGGAGCAAGCAAAUGUGUGUGGGUGCAUGUCUACACGUCUGCAGUCGCCAGAUUUGAAGAAACUGUUAGCCAAGAUCUACAUCCGUGGCGGGCAGCGUCGGCGGAGCACCCGUACGGGGCUGCUUGAGAGCUACACAGAGCGCGACACAGGCGAGAGGCGACCAGCCGACGAGGCCGGCGAAGACGAUAGGUCACUCGGGCAGCUAUCAGUCCAGGCGAGCCCGCUACUCUCCGGCGCCGUCCUGCAACUGUCCAGGUCAGGCGCGACGUCGCCCGUCUCACUCAGCUUCGCGGGACCGACGCCGCUCGGCAGCAAGCCACGUGCAGACGAUGAAGAGUCAGAGGUGGCAAUCAGACAGACAGACAUACAAUGUGAAAGUGUGCUCAGAGCGCGCAUGGUUCGGUUGUCGGUUGCUGCGUAGGCCACGUCCACCCUCAGCUACCACAUGCUGGAAGAAAGCGCGGGGCCUCAGAAACAGCAAGAGCUGCUCGAAGUUGCACUGGUUAGUCAGUCAGUCAGUCGGUCAGUCUCUUUCCACCCACUUGUGCGACACCCACCGCUGCUGACCACGUGCACACAGGCGUCCAGAUCGGGCAUGUUUGCGGUGUCCGAGGCACUCCGACGCUCCAAGGGCACGGGCGAUCGGGAGCGCGUCUACGCCAACCUCAUUGAGAAACAGGAGCUGACCCGCCUGGAGCUCGUUGACAAGGUUGCGACGCAGCAGACCAUCGUGGACGUGUUCCAGGAGGAAAUCGGCCAGGUGCUGCACGCGGCCACCACCAUCACUGACGAGGAGUUCGAGGAGGCCAGGCAAGAGAUGGUACGACAGUCGCGGCUCCUCACGGCACGCAGCAGGACAAAGGGGCUGGUGGACGAGGCCGCUUCUGCCGGCCUUGUGAGCGCCGUCUCGUUGCUUGUGCCGGAGGAAGAAAACGAAAGCUCAAGUUCGGCAUCUACUCAUGUUGAUGCCGCGGCCGUCCAGCAAGGGCAGCAGGAUUCGCGAGGGGCCCAAGUGGAGGCACGCCGACAAACACAAGACACGGAGCAGCAACAAGGGCAGAAGGAGCCAGGGCAGCCUGACAUGGCUGAGGUAGAGCCACGGCCACAGGGACCGCAGCCCAAGCCGCCUGUCCUUCCCGAGGCCGCCCUGUCACGAGGUCGCCCUUCGUCCGCUGCAUCCCUCGGGACUUCGGCGGCCUCGGUCGCUAUGUCGAUCAGCCCGUCAGCGCUGCUCAAGGACCUGCCCGAAAAGCUGGAGUCCCAGUCGCUGCAGGACGACACCAUCGGCACGGUGCGAGCCCUGGCGGUCAUGUGGCGCCAGGUCAGGGACACCAGUGAAAGGUUCUACGCCAACGCUAGCAGACUCGUCGAGGAGACGGUGGCGGCGGGAGGAGAGGCGUCCAGGACCCUCUACACGCUGCUCGACAACGCCAGGAGAAACUGCUCUGUCAGUCAGCGUACAUGACGAGUGAAUCAACGAGUCGCACUCAAUGAAUGGCUGCCUCACGGGUUCAUCGUCUGUCCGUCCAUUCGUCUACCCAUGCAGGCACUGCCCAACGUUGAGUCGUUCGAGAAGCAUCUGGAGCAGAUUCUGGCUGUGCCUUUGCCCAAGGACUGCUCGACGCGGUCGCCUGCAACAGACGGCGCUGCAAGUGAGGCAGAGAUCAAAAUGAUGGUGGCAAGAGCAGUCCCACACAACAUUCGCACUGCGGUGAGUGAGCAAGCGAUACCUGCUCCCAUGACUGACUGACUGACUGCCUGACUGUCUACCUCUUACUUGCUCGCUUGACUGUUUGUAUUGGGUCAUUCAGGUGAAGCACGCUACCAACGCCAUCGACACGAGCGCCCUUUCCGUUGGGGAGAUCAAGAGGCCCCUCGCUUCGUGGAUUGAAAUGCUCAAGCAAACGCCGCUCGCUAUGAAUGAUGAGCUAGCCAGCAGGAUACGCGAGGGCGACGCUGGGCAGCCGCCUCUCUUGGCGAAAAGCGGCGGGAAGAAGGCGGCCAAGAAGGCGCCGGCAAAGAAGCCUCCGCCACCUGCCAUCGACACGGAGCCGGCAGAGGAGGCACAAGAAGCCGUCACGGAGAUGGAGCCGGUCGUUGCUGAGAUUAAGUGGGACGAAAUGUCGCCGCGGAGACGCGCUGACUUCGACAAUAUGACCGUGAGUCAGUGGCGCGACAAGUGAGCAUAACGCUCAUUGGCUUCACUGUUUGUUUGUUCGAGGGUGCAGGUUGUGGUGGAUAAUCUGCGGCGGAUCAGGGACCAGCUACAGCGGAAGGCGGAGAUCGAUCAGACCAUCGACCUUGCGAAGCCAACAAUGGCACGCACUCGCACGCACUCUGAUGAAAGCAUGCAUUCACGUUUCCGUUGAUUCAUUAUUGCACAGCAUGACCAACUAUUUCCUCUUGUCGACCAUGCACUGGUGCAGGAGCCGCCAAAGCGCAAGAAGACACGCACGGGAACGGUCACUUUAGCUGGCAGCGCUGGAAAAGUACCUUCCAAGGAGAGCGUACUGGGACCAAAAAGGCCGAGUCCGAAGGCGAAACUGGCGCAACAGCCGACCUUAUUCGUUGCGUUGGGUGCACAGUCAACAUCCUUCUUCACCGACAACCCGAGGCCCGAGGUGACCCUGCUGCUCGACCAAAAAGCCGGGCUGAAGGAGCAGGUCCGACGGACAGAUAUUCUUCAGCUUAUCUUUGCCGGUCUUGUUGAUGGGUCCGUGCAGGUGGGUGAUCUGCAAAGAAGGUUGGCCGAUCUGGAGUCAGCGCUAGCAUCACGAGCAUCUAUGGAAGCACAAGCCCCCACAGCCGUCGCUUCCACUCUAUCUGGCCGUGCUGACAAGGCCCGGCCCGACAGCGGACCGAGACACGGGCCCGCCCCCUUGGGUUCACGGAGAGUUGCCGAGCCCGCCCCCUCAGUGCCAAAGAGCCCAGCUGAAAGAGGACAAGCGCAACAGCAGACCGCCAGGGGCAGGACACCAAUAGCGCCAUCGGAAACGGUAGGCGCUGUGCCUAAGCCCAAGGCCAGGGAGGGGGUCAGAGCGGCCCGCAGCGACAAAGAGGGGGCUCGCAAAGCUGAGCCUAGACGAAGCCCACAGAGAGAGCCCAGCACACAAGACAGGUCCCGAGACGAUGACGAUGGCCGCAGCACAGCAACAGCAAGGGGCAGGAAGGACAUGGAGAGGCAGUUAAAGCAGCAGCAGCAGCAGCAGAAAAGCCCACCACUGUCCCUGAAAGCCGUUGCCGUCGGUGAGAGGGCGGCUCGGACACUCCCUCAGCAACCGCCCUCUAAACCAGCCGCAGUUGCUGCCCCCACUCAUACUCCUGGAACGGCGACGCCAUCUCGCAGCUCACCAGAGGGGCAGCGCCACGGCAGGGAGCGGAACAGAACACCCGACACCGACGGCAAAAGAGCAGCGCAGGAGGUGGGUAGAGCAACAUUUCAGUCUGUUCGCAGCAAAAGUAUUGCUCGCAUCGUGUGAGACGCGUGCUCUGUCCGCCACAGGAGCCCAAGUUUAUGUCUGAGGACGACCAGCACUUUCCGAAUUUGUCGGAAGAUAUGCGGAGGAUCAAAGCUGAAAUGCUGAAGGGGGCUGGAGUGACAAGCGCACAGGUGCUGAUCUACUAUGUCGCUGCACCUGCCUGCCAUUCUCGUUCGUGGUCUGUUUGCAGUGGGUCAAAAGCUCGGUCAAGCGGCGCAGGGUGGCCCGGUGGGUUGUGAAGCAGAGGAAGACCCUGAAAGUGUACGUCGGAUGCACGGCAUGUGCACGCACACAGAUGUGAGAAAGAGACCCAACCAAGUCUCGUCUUGUCUGUCCAUUGGCUCACAGGCGUCUUUUGCUUGCCCAAGGUCUGCUCAACAAGUUCCUACUGCGACAGAUAGACCAAGCCACCGCCAGGAGCUUCAAGAAGGUGCGCGCAGGUGCAGGCACCCGCAAGAAUCAAGCGGUCUUCUCUCUUUUGAGGCUCUCUUCCAAAUGUUGCUGCUUGAUGUUGCAGAUGCUCGAUGGUGGUGGCAAGGAGAAAGACUUCGGAGAGGAGCGGCGGGCGCUCGCUGUGCGGAUAGGAGACAUCAGCAGACUCGUAUGCAGACAGCCAGACAGACAUGCACACGAUUCCCAAUGGCAACCACGCAUCGGACACGGUGUGCUGUAGUGUGACUUUUGGCGUGGGCGCCUCGACAUCCUGGGCGAGGCUGUACAGUAUGGGUUCGCUGAUAUUCUUGAGUUUCAAAAGGCCAAGAAGGACGGCACCUUAAGGCCGCUUCAGGACGUAUACGGUAUGCCGGUGCCCCCCAAGGUGGCUGCGGCCAAGGCAACCAUCAAGGCACUGAGGCCGACAGCUCUUUCGUAAGCCGUGAACCCACUGCGCAGGGAAGGAUUGUCAUGCACGAAGAGACAUGCUCGCUUCUCACUCAUUCCUGUCUGCAGCGCGAGGUUGAGAAGAGUGCCCGUAACAGGGCUGGGCGAGAGCCGUAUCAGUCAUGUGACAGAGGAGACAAUUGAGGUGAGGGACGAGUCAAGCAGCAAAUACCUCAUGCACAGAUACAUGAUACCCCAUGCCAGCUUGAGAGCCCCGUGCCCCAGCGUCCUCAAGACCGACCGGGACGCGGAUCCAGCAGGCUCCACAGUCCGAUGAAAAAGAGGUAAGCGGAUGGCGAGACGGGCAGAUGAGUCAGAGUAGAGCUUGUGUGUCCCUCUUGUCUCGCGAAGUCCAAAGGCCAGCCCAAGCAUUUAUCGUCGGAGCCGUCGCCGAGUGCGGCGCAGCCUCACACAGGGAGACAUGGACGCUGCGAAGCUCCACCAACAGCUCCAGCAGCAGCUGGCUCUCCGCAGAGGCGACACAGCAACACCACAAUAUCAGCUGACACUUGUGACCCGCGCCCUUGAGACGUCGAAGGGCGGGCUGCGACGCUCGAGCUCGCUGGGAGACAUGGAUGGCCUGAGAAAAACCCGGGGGAGACUCAAACGGCGUCAUAGUAGCGGCCUUCGGUCGGCAUCUAGCCGCGGAAGCAGCUGCGUCAGUCCCGCCCCGGUGCUGCCGCACACGCUGGCUGGCCAGCUGAAAGGGGUUUCGCGCAGCCAAACAGUGACCGCCCUUGGCAGUCGCAGGCACUCAUUCGCCCACAGUGGCCGGUCAUCGCGACGCAGCGUGUCCAGUCGACGCUCCUACCAGGGUGGUCAAAGUGAAGAUGGGUCAAGGCGAUCGUCGGUAUGCUCGGCGGAGGGGGAGAAGGCAUACGUGAGAACGCGAAGGAGGGCCAGGUCCGUCAUAUUCGGCCGACGGCCGACGGGACUAGACGACCUGAUAGCCUCUCAUUCGAGGACGUCGACGCCCGAACCUGAGAAGACAGAGGUCGACAAAGCAAGCAUCAUCAAUCAGCACCUGCAAAAGAUCUUCCCUGUAGGCUGAACGAUAUGUACAUGCCUUUUACGCCAAGAGAAUCAACACGUGACGGUUUCUCUUUCUCGUCCAGGAGGCUGUCGAAAAGGGCAGCCCAAAAUCGCCUCAAAGUCUCUCACAGGUCAGCCACGCACGCAUUGUCGCAACACCCCUGCUAGUCCUUGGCACUUCAUUCAGGCGAUGAUCAAGUAUAUGGCGCGGGAGAAGGCCGAGAGGCACCUCCUGAAGGAGUGGCUCGACCGAAUCCCUGAGCUCAACUGGCAGGUGCGCGAGGGCCUCUUCACAGAGCUGAUGGCCAAAGAGGAGAGGCUCAUCGCCGACUUUGCCAAGUGAGCGAGCCACCAAGCAACAGGAGUAUUUAUUCAUUCAUUCAUUAUGGAUGCACAUGCUUAUCUGCCUUUUUCACCUGAAGGAAAGGGCUAUCCUUCACGAGCGUCAAAUUCGCCACAGCCGAGCGCGUGCUGGCGCUUCUGCGUAUGGAGUUGAUCAACAUACACAAUGCCGUCGACCAGCAGCAGCAGCAGACGGUCAGCCAUCAAGCAGAGCCGCUACACUGUCGAGACAGCAGCGACUGUGUCUGGUGUGUCAUUGCAUUGCAGCCUGUCUUGGACAGAAUCCGUGUCCCCGAUCAAGUGACCGAAAAGCUGCAACAGGUCAACCGACAGACUCACAGCCACUCAGUCCUGCUAAUUGCCGUGUCUCUUUGUCACUCUCUGUGCGUGUGUCUGUGUGUGUGUGCGCUGGUUCAGAUGUACGAUGUGUUCCUGCAGAAGGUCACUGCCAAAGAGGAGGCCCAGCGGCGGGCCGAGGAGAUGAAGCAGCGCGCACUCCUGCUCAAGCAGCAGCUGCAGAACAUCCGCUUCAGCAGCGCUGCCGACUCAGUCGCAGUCCAAGCCGACAGAGCAGACAUACCUGACAGGCUCGACAAGGCGGACGAGACCGACAAGGCCAUCGAUCAGGCCGCCCCGGCCACGCCGGCCAAGGGCUCGACCAAAAGCUCCCCGAAGAUGUCUCCACCGAGAGUUCGCACACCUGGCCCGAUCGCGUCACGAAAGUCGUCGCGGCCGUCCACGGCGGCUCCUCGCAGGGCGGUAGCAGAAGCCGGGGGCUCUGGAGAGGCGGCAGCGGAGGCCCCCGCCGACAAAACAUCACUCGGCCUUCUUUAUGCAAUUGGCGGAGAGUCGGAUGAUGCCCUGAGCGACGUGGAGACCCCGAGGGUCGCUGCACCGGUGACUGACCAAGACACUGCGGAGGAGCAGGAGGCUCGCGAGCAGGCGCUCCGUGAGGAGCGGCGUCGGCAAGUGCGGAAUGCUUUUCUGUCGACUUACUUUGCUGCCUGGCGGCUGUAUGUGGAGAUGCAGAAGCAGGGCGUGAGGAUGCCACCCGAUGAUGAAGACGAAAUGGCCAUUGGCAGGCCCUCAACCACAAAGCGCAAGUCACAAUCACAGCGGAAGAAGAAGGCCGCGAGUGAACGUACGAGCCAACGUCUGCUGUUCUCCCUUUUCCCGCCCGACGCUGACGAAAGUGACGAAGAGGAUCCGUUCGCGAACGAGGACCUGCAGCCACUGAUCCACGUUGACGAGGACGACUCCGACGUGAGCCAACACGGUGACACUGAAGCGCAUCGGUUGUCGCGGCGGGUUAUCCGGGUGGGGGACGUAGAGUUCGAGCUCGACAAGAAGCAGUACGUGGCGCUGCGGCAGCGGCGGGACGAUCGCAUGCUGGUCCUCAAUCGUGAGUACGGCAACAUGGCCGUGGCUACCGACAACCGGCGGGUGCAAGCCAUCAGAGAGGUCGCUAACGUCAUCAAGAGUGAGAUCCAAGAAGAGCUCAGAGAAGCCGCCAUGUCCUGGAAGCGAAAAGACUCCUUCUCGGUAACUCGUGAGUGAGACUGUACGAGCGGAUGGCUGGGCACAUCGUUUCUCUUCAUUCACUGGCAUUCCUGUGUCUAUGCGCGAGCACAGAGGGUGAUAGAGCAUGAGGAUCAGAUGAGGUUAACGUCGCAACGGUAAGCAAAACGAGUCACCAAUCGACUUGUCAUUACAAAUCACAUUCACUGCUGUAUGCACACACGCAGAGCGAGUCGCAAGUCGACUGCCCCCGUGGUUGCGGUGUCGUCUCAGCCCCGUACCCCGUUCUCUCCCCAGGGUCUCCAUUCCUCCCGCACCAGCCAGCGAGGAUCUUUACACAACAUAUGGGCGAGCCCCGAACAGAUGACCCCGCCAAGGACUGCACCCACACCACAUACUCAACAAAUGAGACAGCAAGGCUACCCCGGCAGCGUUACGCUGGCGAAGCCCGACACCAAGGAUGCUGUCGCCGAUGCAGAUGCAGCAGUGCAAGACAAACAGCGGCGUGCGAUGCGGCGAAGCUCGACCCAUGGCAUUAUCAUGUCGAUCAUGGACGAACAGGACACGAAAUCACAAAAAGCGGGUAAGGGAUGUCGGGAAGAAAGGUAAUGGGAUGCAUAAGUCUUCUUCCUGGAUGGAUCCCUUCAUGUCUCGUAGAGCCCAAAGUGAGCAUCAAUGAAAAGGUCCUUGAGCAUCGAGUUAUGAUUGAUGACUCCGAGUCGGCAGGGAGCGCUACCGACAUAUCAAUGCGGCAUCACCAAGCUAUCGAGCCAGUGGCAUCCACAACAAAGGAACUGCCCAAGCAGGACAAGAAACGACCUCGAUGGAGCGACAGUUUUACUCCCUUCCAGCCCGUACAGGCGCAAUCGAUGGCUGCUGAUACAAGGGAAGCCCAGAGGUCCGCCCCACGCCCACGCACGACAGACGCCCGCCCACCCUCCUCGUCCAUUUACCCCCACGUCAGCGAGACGCGACCAGCUGAAGUGUACGCGACACUCGCCAAACCAACAUCAAGGGGCAGAGGCUAUGGUAACCUUCCUUCGCCGUCACCUGCACGUAAGCAGCGCUCUCUCUGGAGCACGGAAAGAAUCAGUAAGUGGGUAUCUUUUUGGGUCUCCCUCACUCAUGCCAGGAUUCACAUAUAAGAAGCGCGCUUUGCGGGCAUCUCGUGUUCAAAUGCGGCGGAUGUCUGGGGGGCCUCUUCGCGUCGCGACAAUUGGCGUCAGCACUGGCAGCAGGUAUGGAAAUCCUCAAUGUCGUACGUUUACGUGGUGUGUAUGCUGGAUCCCUGUGUGCAGGAUCGCCAAGCGGCAUCGGGGAUUCCUAACACGCCACUUCACCUCGCUGUCCAGGACGGCUGGCGCAAUCCUGAAGGGCGGGCUUCUCAACGCCCAAGGUGCGCUGCAGGCCCAGAGGAGGAAAGUGCACUGCAAGAGGCGCAAGUUCUCGGCCACUUACCCCGACGUGCAUGCGCACUACCAUUCGCUGAUUCACUCUCUCGAAGACCUUGUAAGUGAACGACCGAUAGAGUCGCGAAGUGCAACAGGGCGCUUACUCACAUUCGCCUUGCAGGUCAAUGAAGCGGUGGCGAGUCUGUGUGUGAGUCCAUCACUAUCCCUCCGCCGGCGUGCCCCACUGAAAAUGGAGCGUUCUUCGAAGCCAGAGCCUCUCGCGCACAGGUAGGCAUCGUACGAUCACUAGCACCCGUCGAUUGAUGCCAGCCUUUCUGCCUGCAUCUCUGCAGUGACGGCCGUCCGGCGUCUGCACGGGACAGAUAUAGCAUGCCUGGCCAGAAGCCGCUUGUGCUGCACGCCACUCCGUCUUUGCCUCAGGUCAAGAAGAGCAGCCCAGCCCAGGCAGUCAUCGACCACACGACCAAGAAGCCAUCAGUUGUCCACUUCCUGUCGCCACAUGAGCCCCCACCUCUGCCUACCAAACGACUGCCGGUCACUCCUGAGCCCCACCACGUGAGCGAGACGCGGCCAGCUGAAGUGCAUGCGAUGAAGAGCGCUUUGGACCUACCUCCCGCUUGGCGUGCCCUUGAUAGACAGCCCUUCGCGAGCCCGGACACGGAGAGGUGGGCUCACGUAAAAGGAGAUGGCCGACAGCCCUUGGGUGGUCCGCAGUCGCAUGCCGCUGACCUGACUGGCGAUAGGAAACAUCCACCAAAGACCGGCCUGCGUCCCGCCCCUGCUGUUCCCCGCGCACCUCCCGAAAGACCAGCGAGCCCAGCGGCGCCGUUGAUGGUGCGGCCUUUCGUCGAAGCGGACACUGCCCGUAAGCGCGCCAGGGACGAGAGCGUUGAAUCAAAGGGAGAGAAACAAGCGGCUGUUGGCGGCAGCGAGUCUCAGCCUGACCUUUCGCUUGGCGUCCCUGCACCGGCGGCCUUGUCUGUUGAGCAGCACGUGGUUCCUCCAUCUCUGCUCCAGCGUGCCAGAGUCCUGCGGCCCUCCGGCACUCGAAGACAUGCGACAGCCACUGCUGCUACAGACAGACAGGGCGACCAGUUGGUCGUCACGAGCACCACAGGCAGAGACAAGGGGAGGGGACAGGAGGACAUCAAUGCGUUUCAUGGGGGGCCAAUCCUUGGCCGUCGUCACCCGUCCCUGACUGCCCUGACGGAGAGGAGGGAAGACGAUGGCGUGGAAGGGGGACGGUAUGGGUUGGCUGUCUCACUGCAUCCCGCCGCCCUGCAGGCUGGGCCGUUGACUGAGCGCACCCCAAGGAGGACAGUGUUUAAAGAUAUCUCGGCCAGGCCGGCCGAGCGUCGAGAGUCAGCAAAAGCCUCACUCAAAGUGGUGUCGUCACUGCCGCUGGCUGUCUCGGUCGACAGAGGCGUCAGGGCGUUGCUACAAGCACCAAAGGAACAAGAGGCCGGGAGCACCGAUCAUCAAGUAUCUCCACAGCGCCCUGACAAGAGCAAAGCAAAGCAAGAAGGCACGGCCAUCGCAACCGCCGCAGCGCAGCCUACGAUCGAUGACUUUGCCACUCUCCUCAAGUGAGUACCUGACUGAUUGCACCACCGCACCGUGUACGUAUUGCCUCACGCUCGUCGGUCUUGUCGGUCGGUCUUUCUGUUCAUUUGUCUGUUAUUCAGGUGGAUGAUGGUCAGACAAAGAGGUCGGGGCGAGGUUGGCGAGUUGGAAUAUCCGCCUGCCGUGGUGCCGUCGUCUCUGCGUGGACAUGUCUCUCCCGCCUCGGUGCUUGACCGGGAGGACUCGAUGAGGUCCGAGACAGUACACUUGCCGCCUCUCUCGCCGCCCGGGACUGACGUAACACGAGAGACACAACAAGACACAUCCAUCGAAAAGAAAGGAGGGCAACAGGGCCUUGUGUCGCCGGGCAAGAGGUUGGACGCCAAGAAGCUGCUCCAUGCGGCCCGGCAGUACGUGCAGUCAGGCUUCGCCACAUCUGCUCUCCAUCAACUCUUACAGGCGGGAUGCGCAUCAAGUCAAUGAGCAAAGGAGUCAUUACAAGUGAGUACCCGCACGCAACCAUUAGACCAGCGUUUCUGGGCCGCAGACAGACAGACAGACAGACGGUCAGCACUACAUUCCUUGGGACGGAUAGACGGACAGGCAGACACGCGAAGCACAACAGAAGGAAGAAAGAAAAGGCUGACUAACCUACUGCCUUUUUUUCAUUUUUUGUGUUUGCUGGUGAGAGCGCUUCAUUUGUAAAAAUGCGACAUGGGUGUACAGAUUUGUUGAGUGACAAUGAAAUGCUCUGAUAUUUCUAUGUGUCGUGUGCAUACACAUUGACCCCCGAGUUUACUUUCCGCUAUCAGACGCUUCUACCCGCCCCCGCCACACCACACAAAAUACAGCGUCAUCGCCUGAUGGUGCGGCCAAAAAGCAAAGCCAAACCAGACUUGACUCAGUAGUGAGGGCACUGCCUCUCGCCGCCUGCACUAGCUGUGCUGGAAAUUGGACUCACAGUGGUGGGCACUGCAUUUCCCUCGCGCAGACAUACAUGAUUGCAUGAAUAACCUCACUCACUGCCCCCGGCCAGUCGAGUCGCUGAUUCGUGCAUCCGUCCAUGCAGCGACACAUGGCAUCCGUCAGCCAGUUGGUCUGUCGGUGUUGGCGAGAUACACCUAACCCACUGAACCUAGCGCGACACACAUAACGGGGCACAACUAAACGAGACACAGGUUACAGGUUCGUUACAGGUCUUCCACUUUGGUGACUGUGACAUUCAUGGGCUCGACAUCGCGCUAACCUUGGCCGUCGACCUGGAGCCAUACAACAUUGCUGUGUUCUGGCACGCGGUGAUGUGUCUGCAGGUGGAAGUGUGGAAGGAAGAGAUACUACGGGAGAGAAGUUGCCAUGUGGGAGGAAAAUCUACUUGUGUGCUCCGUCAGUGGGGUCUGGGGACCAUCGCGCUCAGCGAGAGAGACGAGAAGAAAGCUCGGGCAUUCUUGCAGGUGCCCGCUAGUGGCCGUGUUAGUCAGUCGAUAGCAAAGAAGUGGAAGACACAGGUACGCCAACACGGGUGUUGCAACAAUGUCGCGGCUAUGGGGGUUCGUCCAGGAUCAGAUGGAGACCAUCGUGGAGACCCGGACACAAACGAAGCUGAAUGUAAGUGCGUGCAAACGGUGGGUCGUCGCGCAAUGAGUGAUUUGUCAUGUGCGUGUACGCAGAUGACUUUUGAGAAAGGGGACGAGGAUGUUCUGCGAGAGACAUUCCGACAGCUUCGCGACAUACGACUUCAGAAUACAUGACCUGUAUCUGAAGCUACCGUCCUAUGUCCAUGAGACCAACACAUGUGAUUCUGACAAUGAAUCCAUCCAUCCGUCCCUCCAGGCCAGCUGGUCAAAAAACCACACACACAUGACUGUUGUAUGCCGGCCUCUGUCGGUCUCUGUUUAUUUGUCUGUCAUUCAGGUGGAUGGUGUUCGAACAAAGGGAUUCAGGCGAGGUUGGCGAGUUGGAAUAUCCGCCUGCCGUGGUGCCGUCGUCUCUGCGUGGACAUGUCUCUCCCGCCUCGGUGCUUGACCGGGAGGACUCGAUGAGGUCCGGGACAGCAGAAGGGCACACGACACGCGGAAUAGCUUGCAUUUCUGGAAAUGGGAACGAGAUCUGGAAUGGCCGGCGCCUCCAGGAAUGGCUCCGGUUGCCAGCAAUGACCUGCCAGCUCUGGCAUUGACUGUCCAUUCCUGGCAGUGCAUGUCCAUUCCUGGCAGUGCAUGGCCAUUCCUGGCAUUACAUGGCCAUUCC